GCGCCGAUGUCAGGGAGCCCAGGAAGCCUGAAGCCCGGAAUGACAUCUUAAGUGACUAUGCCAGUGAAACUCAAACUCACCAAUUCAAAGCCAAGCUCUGAACAGUGGCGCUAUUGAUUUGCACCAACAGUAGCUGAGUGGCUGCAGUCCAGUCAUUGGAAGAAAGACAGAGGAGGAGUUUGGAAAGUAAACAUCACUCGGCUUGACUCAUGCUCACAAAGGCCUCCUUCUCUCUAUCAAUCCCCACACCCUAGUGAAGACAGAAGCAGAGUUUUGGAUGCACGUUGUAUGUUUGCUGCUGUGCCUUGGCCUGGCGGGGGCAGUUGCUGUGCUGCAGAAGGACCAGGUAGCCCAGCAUGCUAUCAAGCUUUAUCGGAGCAAGGGGGCCACACAUGGCCACAGCUGGGUGGCCAGCAACUGCAAGCGGCUGGUGGGCCUCCUGCGUCAAAAGAAUGUUGUUGUCAAGAAGCUGGCAGCCGCUGCUGAUGCUGUUGGACAAGACCGAGCCCUUUCAGAACCAGAAAGGCAUUUCCAGGUUCACACUCUGGAGGUUUUCCAGAAGGAGCUGAAUGAGAGCGAGCACUUGGUGUUCCAGGCGGUGCACAGCCUGCAGAGGGCGCUGCAGGGAGACUACAGGGAUGUGGUCAACAUGAAGGAGAGCAGCAGACAGAGGCUGGAGGCCCUCAGGGAGGCAGCUAUAAAGGAGGAGCAGGAGUAUGUGGAGCUGGUGGCCGCUGAGAAGCACCAGCAGGAGGCUGUUAAGAGCGCACUAGCCCAGAACAAGACUCUGUCCAUGCUGGAUGAGAUCUUGGAAGAUGUCAGGAAGGCAGCAGACCGGCUGGAGGAGGAGAUCGAGGAGCACGCCUUCGACAACAACAAACAGAUGAAAGGAGUGAAUGUAGAGGCAGUGUUGAGAGUGGAGGAUGACGAGGAGAAUGGAGGGAAGAGGAAGAACAAGUCCAAGCAGAAGGAAGUGGAAGAUGACCUGGGACUGAGCAUGCUCAUUGACUCGCAGAACAACCAAUAUGUCCUGACCAAGCCACGAGAUUCCACAAUGCCAAGAGCAGACCAUCAUUUCAUCAAGGAUUUGGUAUCAGUGGUGAUGCUGUCCCUGCCCUGUGGUUGGAUUUGCACUCUGGUGGGUCUUCCUCCCAUGUUUGGAUAUAUCAUCUGUGGAGUCCUGCUAGGUCCUUCUGGCCUCAACAGCAUCAAGUCUAUGGUCCAGGUGGAGACUCUGGGGGAGUUGGGAGUGUUCUUCACUCUCUUUGUGGUGGGAUUGGAGUUCUCACCUGAACGCCUUCGAAAGGUAUGGAAGACGUCAGUUCAGGGUUCGUGCUACCUGAGUCUGCUCAUGAUUGGCGGCGGUUUGUUGUGGGGACAAGUCCUGCGUAUCCGACCCACCCAGACUGUCUUCAUCUCCACCUGUCUCUCCCUGUCCAGCACUCCACUGGUGUCCCGCUUCUUAGCAGGGGGGAGCAGAGGGGAUAAGGAAGGUGACCUGGACUAUAGCAGCGUUCUUCUCGGGAUGUUAGUGAUGCAGGACGUUCAGCUCGGCCUCUUCAUCGCGGUCAUGCCCACUCUGAUCCAAGCGCAGAGUGGAGACUUGGACAGCUUCCUGUUUGGAAGUCUGCGUGUGCUGUAUCUCCUGGGUCAGGUCCUGGUGUCUCUGGCUGCUGUGUUGCUGCUGUGUGCGCUACUCAAAUCAUUCGUGAUCGGCCCCUAUUACAAGAAACUGCACGCUGAGAGCAAAGGCAACAAGGAGAUCCUGGUACUGGGGAUGGCAGCUUUUGUCUUUUUCAUGCUGACGGUAACAGAGUUCCUGGAUGUUUCUAUGGAGCUGGGCUGUUUCCUGGCCGGAGCUUUGCUGUCCACCCAGGGUCACAUGGUCACCACGGAGGUUAUAGGAUGCAUCGAGCCAAUCAGAGAUUUCCUCGCCAUCAUCUUCUUCGCCUCUAUCGGUCUCCACGUGUUCCCUACAUUCGUGCUAUAUGAACUCACCAUCCUGAUGGUGUUGACACUCACACUCGUCAUUAUGAAGUUCGUGAUGGCCGUACUGGUGCUGUCGGCGAUCUUGCCUCCGAGCUCUCGACACAUUCGGUGGAUUGUCUCUGCUGGUUUGGCGCAGGUCAGCGAGUUCUCCUUCGUCUUGGGCAGCCGUGCACGUCGGGCUGGCAUCAUCUCCAGAGAGGUGUACCUGCUGGUUCUCAGUGUCACCACUCUCAGUUUGCUGCUGGCACCACUGCUGUGGAGAGUUACUACACACAAAUGGGUUCCCCGGGCCGAACGCAAAACUGUCACAUGACCAGACUGGUUUCAGGGCCAAAAGGUUACAAAGUGAUCUCAGCAACAUGACGAGAGGAAGACAAAAGCCCUUACAGUAUGUUAACACACUCAUGGUGACAUGGCCUUUUACUUGCGUGGACCAAAUGAUCCUCCUUUCCUCCUUGCUUUGACAGACACUAAAAUCUUUCUGAUCAAUUACUGGAUUGAUUAAGGGAAGGAAAGAAACGGUGGAGGGAAAGAAAAACAGUGUCUGCAUCCUCUGCAAACUAAUCUCAUAAGCUACAGUUUAUCUAGAGAUUCUUGAAAAAAAUGCUUCACUGAUAAAAUUUUCUAUGUAUCAUCCGUUACAUUUCCUCAGUUUAAAUCAUUCCCUUCACAUUUAUCGCAAAGAGAAACACUACCUUUGUAACCAGGACCAUCCAUGUUUCUGACCAGUGUCACAUUUACAUCUAUAUGUACUGUAGAAAGGACGUAGAUAUAAAGUCUGAUUUGAUAAAAUGCUCCACGUUAAAGUUAUGUCAAUCAAAAUACAACAUUACUCAACUCCAACAAUCUUGAUGUUUAAACCUGCAGUCUGGACUUUUACAUAUAAAUGAAUGUUGGUUACAUUCAAGCCCUUGCCAAACGAGUUCUCACAAUAUUGAUUAAGCCUAUCACCCCCAGAUAAAUUUCUCUGUAUUUCACAGUACACAGAGUUUUUAAAUCUGAUGUAGGUGACUAAUUUCCCACGCAGAUGCACUGGAAGUGCUGGAAGUAAACAUUUCUGUGGUGGAAAAUAGGCUACGAAUAGAUAAUUACCUCAUCUGACGACUCCAGCUGGUUUUUUUCCCCUCUGCCCUCAACAGAGCGCACCUGGAGAUGGGGGAGAUCAGGGCAGGCGCCAACAGCGUCAACAGUGUUUUGUAAUUACUGAAUUACCACUGUAAUUACUUACUCCAGAAGGGGGAGACAAAAGUCCCACACUCCAGUUUUAAAGCAUCCUUUGAUCGGAAGAACGCCUACGUGACAGUUCAGUGGAGGAGCACAAAACACUCCUUCAGCUCUGAUGCUUUUAACACUGUCUCUUAGAAGUGUUCAUGCAUCAAGAAGAAAAACAGAGAAUUUUAAAGUAUAUUUUCCCUCUCUGCCAUUUGUAGCUCCUUGACAUAUGAAUAAUUUUGUUUUCUAUUGACACUCAGUUCUGUCAGCACUUUCAACCUCACAUUUAUGUGUUCCUUGUAGCAAACACAUGGACCAAAUCUGAGGAUCCAACUUAACUCCAUAUGUUGUUUCUUCUUUUUCAAGUAAAAUGUUUAUAUUUUUAUGUAUGCAUACAUGUUUUUUAAUAGGGAAGCACCUUUAUAUUAUAUAAAAUGGCCUCCAUCUUCCCUUCUGACAUUUAACUUAACUCAAAUAUAGGUUGCUCACAGUGGCAGAUUCUGACUCUGAUGGAAGUGUAAACCUUCUAUCUGUUGUAUUUAAUAGAUGAUAUUUAUAGUUAAUUCCGAUCAUUGUAAUACUGUGAAUUUCGCUGUGCUGACACAUUCUUGUGUUACCUAAAAAACUACAAUUACAACUUAUAAACAGCUUUAUUUAGUUAUUGUUAGAGACGCUCAUUCUCGUCAUAUCUAAGAAAAUCAUAGUACAAUGCACAUCGGUAAAAGAGGAAUGGAGAUAAUUAAACACUAUAUUAUGUAGCAACUCACAAGAACUACAGAAAAAUACUUUUUCAGAAUUUAUUGCUUAUGUUACAUAAACAGAAAAAGAAAAAUCUUGCACUAGUUACCAUUGAAUGUCGAACUGAUGUGCCUGCUCCGCUCCUCACUGCACUACAACCAAGACGAGUGCGAUCUCACUGCGAGUGAGCACUUCUAUAGCAUCUUGUGCUGUACACGUCAUUGUAUUAUCUUUCAUAAUGUGCAAUGUAAACGUAUGUAACUACAUGCUAUAUGUUGUUUUAUGUUGAAUAUUAUUUUUUAAAAUAUUUUCCUGAAGUAUGUUAACAGGAAGGGGUGUUUGAGUUUACAUUUUUGCGUUGGUGGCCAUGACAAGCUUCCAUGCACAGUCAAAUGUACAUGCAUUUUUAAAAUUCUUUUAUUUAUUAAAACAUAAUGAAAAUAAAGGUUUUCUCUGUUUUA